AUUAAUAGGUCGCAUAACGGCAACAAUGCCGAGAAAAUUGGCUCAUCCUUGUGAAAUGCCUAGCUUCUCUCCUCUCCGCUCCACUCGCUCCCUCUCUCUCUCCCCUGGCGAAUCCUAGAUUUUGAUCUAGAGAGGCACCCUGAGUUUGAGGGUUGUGUAGAUCUCCCAUCGAUCUGCUUCGGUUGCUUUUUAGUACCAUUGAACUUCAUUGUUUCGCCCUCAUCGCCGAUUUGUUCUAGAUCGGAGGAUGGCCGAGGAGGAGUACCGAUCAGCCCAACUCAUCGAUGGAGAAGGAGAGUACAAUGAUGCUGGUGUUGAGAAUUUCAUGAAGGCCACGAGGCUCGCCGAAUGUGGACUCUCAUAUGUCGUCGUCUCCAUCAUGGGACCCCAGAGCAGCGGGAAAAGCACUUUACUUAAUAAUCUUUUCCGAACUGACUUUAGGGAAAUGGAUGCUUUGCGGGGAAGGAGCCAAACUACGAAAGGUAUAUGGCUAGCGAAAUGUCGCGGAAUAGAUCCUUGUACAAUUGUGAUGGAUUUGGAAGGUACUGAUGGAAGAGAAAGAGGAGAGGAUGAUACUGCAUUUGAGAAGCAAAGUGCACUUUUUGCGCUGGCGAUAUCUGACAUAGUUUUGAUAAAUAUUUGCUUUAUCCAGGUGGUGCCAUGAUAUUGGACGAGAGCAAGCAGCUAACAAACCCUUGCUAAAAACAGUAUUUCAGGUCAUGAUGCGAUUGUUCAGCCCUCGCAAGACCACAUUGCUCUUUGUUAUCCGUGACAGGACAAGAACACCACUGGAAGCUUUGGAACCUGUUCUAAGAGAGGAUAUACAAAAGAUAUGGGACAGUGUUUCAAAGCCUGAGGCUCAGAAAGACACAGCUCUCAGUGAAUUCUUCAAUGUUGAGGUCACUGCAUUAUCUAGUUAUGAAGAGAAGGAAGAUCAAUUUCAUGAUCAGGUUGCAGAACUUCGAAAACGGUUUGUGCAUUCAAUUGCCCCAGGAGGACUUGCAGGUGAUAGAAGAGGUGUUGUUCCUGCUUCAGGGUUUUCCUUUAGCGCGCAACACAUAUGGAAGGUUGUGCGUGAAAAUAAGGAUCUGGAUCUUCCUGCCCAUAAGGUCAUGGUCGCAACAGUUCGUUGCGAAGAGAUUGCUAAUGAGAAGCUCAGUCACUUAACCUCUGAUGAGAAAUGGCUGGAGUUGGAGGAGGCAGUGCACUCUGGUCCAGUUUCUGGCUUUGGGAAAAAGCUUGAAGCUAUUCUUGAUGCUUAUAUUGAAGAGUAUGAUAAGGAAGCUAUUUACUUUGAUGAAGGCGUUAGGACUGCAAAGAGGAAGCAACUUGAGUCCAAAGUCUUGCAUCUUGUGCACCCUACUUACCAAGCCCUGCUUGGACAUCUACGUUCAAAGUCUCUGGAAAAGUUUCAAAAGGAUUUGGAAAGUUCACUGAAUAGCAGGAAAGGCUUUGCAUCAUCUGUUCGAGACUGUAGUGAGUCCUCCAUGUUUGAAUUUGAUCAAGGAAGUGCAGACGCUAUCAUCAGUCGCGCUGAGUGGGAUGCUUCCAAAGUCCGAGAGAAGCUUUAUCGUGAUAUCACUGCUCAUGCAAAUACUCUUCGCAAUCAGAAACUCUCUGAAUUAACAAAUCGAUAUGAGGACAAGUUAACAGAAGCACUUGCUGAACCAGUUGAGUCUCUUUUUGAGGCUGCAGGCAAUGAUACUUGGGCAUCCAUAAGAAAUCUUUACCACUGUGAAACCAGGAAUGCUCUCUCGGAAUUCUCUACUUCACUGUCUGGAUUUGAGCUAGACAAAGUUUCUUUCGACGAGAGGAUCACGAAUCUGAAAGAAUUUGCAAAAAAUGUCGUCGAAAAGAAAGCAAAAGAAGAAGCAGCCAAGGUUCUGAUCAGAAUGAAGGAUAGGUUCUCAACAGUGUUUAGCCGUGACAAAGACUCCAUGCCUAGGGUUUGGACAGGAAAAGAAAAUGUUCGGAAGAUCACAAAGGAUGCUCGUGCAGCGGCCCUGAAACUGUUGGCUGUAACGGCUGCUAUUCGUUUGGAUGAAAAACCAGACAAAAUUGAAUCCACUCUUAUGUCAGCACUUAUGGAUGCACCAGUUUCCCUAGUACGGAGAACUGCAACAACAACAACAGAAUCACUCGCUUCAAGCACAUGGGAAGUGGUUUCUCCAUCUAAUACAUUGAUCACCCCUGUGCAAUGCAAGUCUUUGUGGAGACAAUUUAAGACAGAGACUGAAUAUACUGUCACCCAAGCAAUAUCUGCACAGGAAGCACAUAAGCGCAGUAACAGUGUGCUACCUCCUCCAUGGGCAAUACUUGCUAUUUUAAUCCUCGGUUUCAAUGAGUUGAUGGUGCUCUUCAGGAAUCCUUUAUACCUGUUGCUGCUUUUUGUUAUGUUCUUGGUGUUCAAAGCUCUAUGGGUGCAGUUAGAUGUUGCUGAGAUGUUUCAGAAUGGCAUACUCCCUGGCAUCCUCACACUAUCAACAAGAUUUCUUCCUACGGUGAUGAACCUUUUGCGAAAACUAGCGGAUGAGGGUGCUCGACCUCCCAAUGCUCCACAAACCACCCAAAAUAAUCCACUCUUGGAUGCACAAAGUCUCCGAAGAGAUUCACAAAGGCAUGUUCCUUCGCUCACAACCCAAGCACCCAAUGCAUCAUCUUUAUCGUCAAUAACGGAUUCUUCUCCCCAAAGCUGUGUUGAGUAUCCAACAGCCAAUGAAGUGAGUUGUACAUCAUAAGUAAAGAUCCGAUAAUUAGACUCUGAAGCAUGAUGACCAUAAGUAAAACUACAUCAUGCAAGAUAUUUGUGAGGCCAAGUAGAAGAUACGUCUUUUCUCUUGAUUGCCAGAUGCUAUUUUUGACUGUCUUGUAUAGAUAGGGACUGAUACAUUUUUACCGGAGGAUCUGAGAUAAACACGGAUGCUUGAUGUCUAAGUGCCGCGUUUAGUGUCUAAAUGUUGUGUUAGUUUUCAUACAUUGGAAGAGACCAUUUGGGAGUUCUUUUGUUUGCUUAUGCUAAUGAAAAAUAACAAUGUUUUGAGAUUGAA